AUGAUUCCCUACACUCAAGAACAAAGCUCCCUGCUGCUGCCAUGUCAUGAUCUUGCUCCAAGGUUUGAUCCUAACACCAUCCCUCCCAUGGAUAGCCUGGAUGAGGCCGAUAUUCAAGCCAUCUACCCACCAUAUCCGCUGGUGCAUAGGCCACCAAUCAAACCUGCUGUUCUGUCAAUCAAACUGGCCAUUCUCAUCCCUCUACCCCCUGCUCCUGCUCCAGCCCCUGUCCGUUGCACAGGCCGCUCAGAUUGA